AUGGAACGGGAAUGGUGUAGGGCCCGGGCUGGGGUACGUUGUUGUGAAGCGGCUGAGCCGCUGAAUGCUACCGUAUCAAGUUCCAAGUUACAUCUGUAUCGGGCAAAUUAUAGCCCCUUGCCCCACCUUGCAGGUUACGUGUGUGUUAAGUGGUCUAAGCUAACAGUGGUAUCAAGAGCAGUAAGGUUCAGGACCUGUGUUGAGAAGAGAAGGGUUGUCAUGGCAAGCGGACCUGUGUUGAGAAGAGAAGAGUUGUCAUGGCAAGCAGACCUGUGUUGA